AACAGACAAAAAUUGUGGAUCGGAGAGCUGCGAAGCCUGGGAAUUGUCGUGACCGCCCUUGGUCGUUCUUCUCUGAUCUUCGACUUCUUUGUGACAAAAUCAUGUCUCUCUCGAUUGGGUUCUCCAAUUCUGUAGCGGGAUAAGAGAAAAGUUCACACUUUCGGAUUCUCUCGUAACCAAUCUAGGGUUUCGCUCUGAGUUUUGGUCUGUGAUCGUGGGAGAGAAUGUCUCGGUGUUACCCGUUCCCACCACCUGGUUAUGUACGAAACGAAACUCGGGAUGAGUCUCUGAUCGGAUCGAUCAAGGGGACAAAGGAGGAAGUUAAGAGAGAUAGAAAACACAAGAAGGACAAAAAGAGGAAGGAGAGAGAUACUGAGGCUGACAACAGUAGCAAGAAGUUUGAUGAUGGUCGCGGAUUAGUAACAAACAAUGAGCUUGAGUGCUUGGAGAAGAGCUCCCUUACAGUGGAACUUGAGCAUCAAACGUCGUCUCAGAAUUCUUGUGAUAGCAGACCGAAUCAUAUUCAGAGUCCGCUCCUCCCCGAUGGUAGGCAGUACGGCUCUGGUGAGUUUGUUUGUUUACUUGUUGUUGGGUCUGUUUUGCUUCACGUGAUGAUGAUGACACUCUUUCUUCAAAUUAUUGGAUUUGAAGAAACCAGCAUACGGGUCUUGUUACAUGGCAAAGAGCAUGAACAUCAAGAUGCUGAGGUGAUGCUUACCAACAAGGAUCAUAGCGAGUCCCUUGCUCAUACUUCUGCAAAUGAAGCUCCACUAGACCCUUUAAUUGUCUGCCAAGAGAAGAGAAAGAGAGAAAUCACAACAAAGCUCAGUAAAGAGAAGAACGCAGUUCCUCUAGAAUCAGACAGACAAAUCAGUAAGCCACUAGGUAAAGAGACUCAUCAAGAAACUGUUGGAGCUUCGAAGCUAUGCAGAAAAUGCCCUUCUUCCACGGCUGUGCGGUUCUUGGAUCUCAUCGAGAACUGGGCUCCUGAUCUUGUCGAGAGCAAGCUCAUUGACACUGAAGAUCAAGAAUUGUGGCUGGUCAUGAAGGUUGGUGCUAAAAGACAUCAUCAUCAAGUUAACAAUCAGACAACAAGCAAUGGAAGAAGUUCGAUAGUGUGGCCAACUGCUCGGUUUCUUCCAGAAGCCGAACUACACGCAUUGCCAUUCACUGUUCCGUUCUGAUUUUCUCAAAGCUUUGGUUCAGAGAGGAGUUGACAUGACCAGCAAAUUGUUUCCCUAUAUGUAUUUUUAGAUAGCAUUAAAACUUGGAGAUAUAUAUGUGAUUCUUUGCAGAUGCACAGUUAUAUAUAGUCGACAAAAAAAAACAGAUAUAUAAUAGUAAAUCAUUUUCAUCA